GUGUGUGUGUGUGUGUGUGUGUGUGUGUGUGUGUGUGUGUGCCUGCCUAUCUAUCCUCCUCUGUUUUCAUGUUCUGUGUAAAAGCUAUGUUGAUGAAGGAAUCCGCGAUGAUCAGAGGGUUGGACACGGAGGUUUGCCUCCUUUAGUGAUCUCUGUGUGUUUCCCUUUCAUCCGCCUUUGUGGAGACGUUGUGAUCUCGGUAGACAUUACUGGGACCGCAGUGCUACGAAGCGAGCAGCAGCAUAUAGAAACGGGCCAAGAAAGACGGUGAUUGUAUUGUUCAUUCAUUGCUCUAAUAGGGAUGUCAGAGUUAUAAAAUUUCUUUAGGAUGAUAUUUUGGGGGGUGUGAGGUCAUGUAACAUGCAACUUCUGCCAUUCAAAUAGAUCAGUCCCUUUUAUAAGUGUCUUUAAACCUCCGCCAUCAAACCCAUUUCAGCAGUAAAAUUCGAGUGUAUUAAGUCCUUUUGCAUGCAUGUUAUUGUUCAUGUUACUGUAAGUUUUGGUGUAGCGCUUCAUCAUUUUGGAACAUUUUGAACAUAAGGAAAUACAUAAAUGAGAGCCAGUGUCUCAUUUGAUGCACACUGCAGCCACGUUGUUCUACUAGCCACCUCAAUGCUGCGAUGUAACAGCCAAAGAAAGCACAGACUGUGCCAAUUUAUAAUUCAUUUGGAUGCUUUUUUUCCCCCUUAUAUUUAUUCCGCCCCAUCCACUCAGUUCUGAGUGCAGCAUGCCGCUCAAUCCCAGCCCAAACAACUGGGCCAAGCCAUCCCGUUGUCAGAAAAUACUCUCCUCAUCCUUGAUCUGACGUGAUACAGAUUGCCCACCUCUGUAAAGAUGAGAAGGGAUAAAGCAGAUGAGAACGCAACAAAGGGAAAGAGAUUGGGAUGUUUUGCUUUAUAGUCCGCUUUACCCUCACACACAGACAUUGAUCUCUCCGCAUGUUUCACAAAAGAGAUACUUGGUGUUUGGCCAUUUGUCAGGAUAAGGAACUACAGGGUCAGGGAAGAGGCAAAAUACUGACUCAGACCUGUAGACAUUAGUGGAGAAUAAACCUUAUGGGAAUCCAAGUGGCAUUCAGCCAUUCAUCAACUUCCAAGCUCGUAUCAACACUGCUAUAGACUGGCCCAAAAGAAUGCUAUUUUUUCGUACUACAUUUUGAAGCUACUACUUAAUUAAUAGUUAAGUCAAAUUUGAAUGCAUGAGUAUUUCUGCGCUCAAGUAUUGCUACCUUUACUUAGGUAAAAGAUCUGCGUUCUUCUUCCUCCACUGGUUACAGAAAUAUAUUUUUAACUGCACCUCAUCUCCUAUUCAGCAUCACCGAAUAGGAGAUGAGCUUACAUGUCCUUAGCAUUGGGGUACAUUUAGUAAAUUCCCAACCACAAUAUUAUAUACAACAACCGCUUCUCUAGCUCUGUCUGCUGAGUGACUUGUAGGCUGGAGAAAAAAAACACUUGUUACCGAGAUUAGCCUUUGCACUUGCGAAGAGGAUCACAGAGUAUGAGCUGAGGCAAUGCCAUUUGACUGACUGACCUGAAUUCUGCUCCCGAUGAACACAUCGUGCGCCAUGGGAAAAAUAACUUCCCUGCUCACACAAGCUGAUUCCAGUUCCAUUAGUCACAUUACGGCAAUGCUCUGUGCGCUCUGCAGUGGUAAUGGCGGUGGAAGGGUGUGAGCUGUGCUAUUGCUACAGAUGUUGUAAAAUACUUCUGUGCCUCCAGAGGUUGCAAAAGUCAAUAAACUGAAAGUUUACAUGUCCUGUAGAGUAGGAGCCUUGAUGGAAAUGCAGGGAGUAUUCCAGGGGAGUGUAAUGCUUCUGUGAAUUAUUGUAAAAUCAAUACUUUUAAAAAUAGGUUGUCCUCUUUGAGAUCACUGGUGAAAUCUAUAACAUGCGUGCUAAAUGUUUCUAGUUCUUCAGCUAAUCUUGCCACUGAGGGUUUUUUUUUUUCCCUUUCGUUCACAGGCCCGGUUUCCCAAAAGCAUCUCAGGAUUAUAGCCAUAUUUGUUCAUCUAAUGUUUCCAUUGGCAUGUUUCCAUCCCAAGAUGGGUGUUGUGCAUGCUGAGAUACUUUGGAAAGCAGGUCGAGGUCGAGCGCCAGUGGUUCAUUUGACAGUACGAAUACCGGAGUUUGGUUACACUUGUACCCUGUACCCUGGCAAUGCUCCCGCAGAGAAUCUCAACACCUGGAGCUGGUCCCUGUCAGAUGCUUUCAUACACAGUACAAUUAGGAACCAGUAAAUAUAUAUAUGAACAGCAAGCAAAAGAGAACCCAAACACCUUAAUUCAAUUGACGUUAAAGAAAAAAAGGGCCUUUAGCUGCAGAAUGUAAAAUAGAGCUUCUCAACAGUAGAAUAGGUAUAUUAUGAAGGCAGCCUCCCUGGCUCCCUGGUGGAGUUUCAUGGAGUGCUUUCUCACUGUGAUAAUGAAAUGACCUGGCCUGCACUGCUCCACUCUCUCUCUCUCAAAAACACAUCUGCUAGACGAGGGCGAAAAUGAGAAAAUCCUACCUCCUCUCCAGAGUUUCGUAAAGCAUACUUUCAAUAUUCUUUUUCACAGACGAUGAUGGGAGUGCGAGUGACUGCGCGCUCUUGUUUCCCUGCGAGUGCUGUGAAUUACUGCGGCCGCGUGUGUUACUUUGUCUGUGGUUUUGGUUGCUGGCACUGUCUUGAGCAACUUGUAAAAGAAUGUAAUUGAAGCACAUCUGACAUAACAAGGUACUACACAGAAAUUCAGUGGAUAUAAAUCCAAUAGAGUUGUCAUCGUAACAGUGUUUUUGUAACUUAAUUUCUGUGGUUUGAACGCAGUGGAAUCAAUACAAGGACUUCAAUUUUACCCCAUUUCAAGGUAGAAUCCAAUACAGCAAACUGUAGUCCCACACUGUUUUCAGCUAAUCUUGUGGGCCUCGCUAAACAUUCAGGCCGUACUAGACUGAUUCAGAAGAAUGACUCACCAGUUUAGUACAGCACAGGCUGCACGCAGACCAUGUAUUCCCUCAGCUUCUAGUUAGCAGGGAAUCUAUGGCAGCACUGAGGCAGAGAGCUGUCAUUGAGUUACAUAAUCAACAGAGGAGUGUAGCAAGGAUAUGCGUGUGUUUGUGUGGGUGUGUGUGCCCGUGCAUUUGUGUAGCCACAAUUCUUUUUGAGCUGUCGAUCAUUUGAAACACGAAGGCCACUCUUAACGCGAGGCUGCUGAGGUGGACUUUCAGCAACAAUGGAGCUUAAGCCCGAGCGUGUGAGCACAUGUGUAGUGUUUUUAAUAGGCAUAUGCGUGGAUGAAUAGGCCGCCGCAUUCACAAGGCUGGGGAGAAAAGGCGCGCUACAUGCGAGGUAUUAGGUGUGCAUGCUGAGAGAUGAGCCAAUUUACAGAACAUGUCGGCUCACAAGGAUGCAUUUACAUAUGCAUUGUGUGUGGGUUUGUGUGUGUGUCCUUAUUUGUAUCCUGUUGUAUGUUUCCAUGCAUGCUUGGAUGCAUAGGCCUAUAGGCCUAUUUGUUUGUGCAUGAGCCAAGCGUGCAUGUCUAGCCAUGUAAGCCUACCCACUUGUGCCUGUUUGUGUGUUUGUAGGUAUGCAUGUCUGCAUCUCGGUGUCUUUUUGUGUGUCUUUUUUAUCACGCUGGCAUUAGGCUAGAGAGAGCUUCAUGCAUUGUCUGUGUAUAGUAUUGCUUCUGCUGCUCAAUGAUGCCAUCUGGCUUUGGCUAACACCACCACAUACAUCCUGGGGGAGCUAUCCGUGCUAGUCAGCGUCUGGCUUUAACAACUGUUUUGGGAUCGGUUGUCCAGUGGGCUGGUGCUAACUCACACUAUUAUGAGCAGGAUGAUAAAACUGACCUUGAAGCAGUUUAUGGGCCCGGGAUAAUGGAAACUACUGAUAGAGAGCCCAUGAAUCUCCACUCAGCUUUCAAUGACAAAAGAAAACAAUGGUUUAACCACUUAACAUCGUUUAGAUACUGUAUCAAAAAAUGUAUGAGGGGACGUUCUGUGGCUCAACUAUAGCGAUGACAAAUGAAGAGACUGGCUGAUAACAGUUAAGAUUGAAUAUUAAAACAAUCAAGAAUGGCAGUGAGGUAAAGUUUUAAACUAAAAUAAAUGUUAUGAUAAGGGAAAGUGCGAACAUUAUUAGGGGCGGAGUUGGGUCAAAAUAGGGGCGAGUUUAGCAAUUUCUAUUUUGGGGGGGAAAUCAUGGGAGGGUCUUUUAUGUUUAUCUUAUUCAAAGAUAUUGACUUCAAUAAGAUGACUAUCAUGUGUGCCAUGGAUUAUAAAGGUGCGUUUUGUCACAUGCAGAAGACAUUAUCAUUAACAUUAAUUAUCUUGAUUUUAGGGGGCGAAAUGGUGCUGAUAUUUUUCUUUUUCAAAGGAAAAGUCCAACAAAAAUAUUAAUAACUUUUAGGACGGUUUUGCUUUUUUUUUAAUAAAAAUUUUUUUAAGUAAAACAUAAAGUAAACGCAAAUAAUUUUAGGUCUCUAAAACGCCAGUGCAGAGAGAAUUUAGGACCAGGAAAAUGAAACGCAACCUCAGAGGGUCAGUGCUGUCGUACCCCGCGGGUUAAGACUUGCAUAUAAAACCAAUGGAGGUGGAACACAAUUAGGUCAGAUUGAGGCCAGACCAUGGGUCACGGUAAAAGCACUCAUAUGUAUGCAAGCUUAUAGGUCCCUUGGGAGCAGUGGGCUGACCUUGUCCCAUACUCUGAUCUAUGUCCUCAUCUCCCCCUAUGUCCUCUUUUCCUCAUUCCUCCCCUCUCUUCCUUUUCCAUCACCACAUUUCUCUCUUUUUGUGUGUGUGUUUUUACCAUUUUCCAUUAGUUUCUCUUCUUCCUCACCCUGUUUGGUUUCACUCCUCCUAAAAUAUCCCUCUUUCCUAUCCAGCACAGUUUUUUACUCGCAUCCUUCUGUCUGUCUUUCACUUUUUUUUACUCAUUUUAACACCUUUUUUUUUUUAUCCUUCCCCAAUUCCUUAAACCCCUCUUGUCCUUUUUCCAUAUCAACAGCCAGUCUAAUAAAUAAUGCAUCACAGCACAUUAAAAACAUUAGUAGGGUUCUCUUGGCUGUCAAAGAGAGGGAGGAGACGAGAGAGAGGAAGGAAUGGGUAACUCCAUUUUAAAUAAGUGAUAUGGAGAAUGAUGUGAUUUAAUAUUAGCAGCAGAGAAGCGCUAGGAAAGGGUGAAGGUCCGAGCAUUAAUUGUGUUUGCGUCGUGACAUUGUGUCCCCCGUGCUCAAAGGUUUCGCCUUUGGUGAAUCAUCUGAAAGCCCCGAGAUUCAUUAAGAUGAUGACUGUAUCAGCAAACUCUGAAGAAAAGAUUUAAUGACAUUUAGCAAAACACUGAUGCUGCAUCACACAGAACCUUGACCUUUCCCUCCUCCCCUUUCAUCCUCAGCUUUCUCCUCUCCUUUCCUUUUUCUCUCCUCUCCUCCCCUCCCCUCCCCUCCCCUCUUUCCUCUCCUUCCAUUCCUCCUGGCAUCGUGGCGAUUGGCAUUAUUAAAAAUUGAUUGGCGGCGAGCGUUUAGCAGGGUGGUGAGGCGGAGAGGGAAGGUUUGACAGGCAGGAGUGAAAUGAAAGGACGGCCUCGGUGGGCACACUGUGGAAAAGUCUCACUGGGGGACAGAAAGUGUUUGUGUGAAAUGAGAGGAUAGUGCAAGAACAUUUGGUAGUGACGCAUACUAUGUUUAUUCUGUGUAUACUUGUUGAAUUUUCUGUGUGUGUAUGUAAACAUCCAGCACUUCACGACAGCACACGAGCAUCCAGAAGCACCCACAGAGAGGAUACACAGUCACAGAAGCUCUGCUGACCCAGAGUUACCUCUCUACCAUCCUCCCUCCAUCCCUCUUUCUAUCGUUCCCUUCAUCCCUCUGCUUAUCCUCCUUUCCAACCCUUCUCUCUCCUUUCAUCUCACAUCACAACUAUUCCCCCAAUGGCUAUAAGUGCUACAGCUUUGGAGAUUUUCAAUACGCUUUACCCGCAAUUUGGCUGAGUGAUUCGAAAAAACUUUUUUUUUGAGGGAGAGGGGUAGAAGCAUGUGCUAUAACAUGAUGCUUACUGGUUGUCUCUUGUCUUCUUCUUUUUUUUCUGUCUCUAUUCUCUUUGUCCUCUCUUUGCUUCUCUUUCUCUCUCGGUCACAGAUGAACAGACCGAUCCAGGUGAAGCCAGCAGACAGCGAGAGUCGAGGAGGGACGAAUAUCAAAAGGCAUCUCUGCUCCUCUGAUCGUGACCUAUUCCUUUUAGAAGACAGAAAGCUCUUUGUGGGCAUGCUCAACAAGCAACAGUCAGAAGAUGAUGUGCGGCGCCUUUUUGAGUCCUUCGGCAGCAUCGAGGAAUGCACCAUCCUCCGAGGUCCUGACGGAAACAGCAAAGGCUGUGCGUUUGUAAAAUACUCCUCUCAUGCUGAAGCUCAGGCAGCCAUCAGUGCACUACACGGCAGCCAGACAAUGCCUGUGUGGGUGGGUGGUUGGGUUGGUGCACAGGGUGCCUCAUCCAGUCUGGUGGUGAAGUUCGCCGACACGGAUAAGGAGCGCACCAUCCGCCGCAUGCAGCAGAUGGCUGGUCAGAUGGGCAUCUUCAACCCUAUGGCCCUGCAGUUUGGAGCCUACGGAGCCUACGCUCAGGUGCAGCAGCAGGCAGCAUUGAUGGCGUCAGUAGGCCAGGGAGGCUACCUCAGUCCGAUGGCGGCCUUUGCUGCUGCCCAGAUGCAGCACAUGGCCACCAUCAAUGGCAUCCCAGGAGCACCAAUGACCCCAACGUCAGGUGGCAGUACUCCCCCAGGCAUCAGCGCCCCCACAGUGACUAGCAUCUCCUCCCCCAUUAGUGUAAAUGGUUUUACUGGCAUGCCGCCUCCCCAGGCCAAUGGGCAGCCUCCUGCAGAGGCUGUCUUCACCAACGGAAUACACCAUUACCCUGUGUUGCAGGAGAUGGUUUUUAGGGAGGACUCGGAGAAAAACGGCUUGGGCGUGGCUCCGCGGAGUUGUUUUGGGGUUCAGGGUGGCUGCUUCCUCUCUUCUCUCUCUGAAGCUCAAAGUCCCACCGCAGCUGAUCCUCUCCAGCAGGCUUACACAGGAGUCCAGCAGUAUGCAGCAGCGUACCCCGCUGCAUACGGCCAGAUCAGCCAAGCCUUCCCCCACCCUCCACCCAUCAUUCCACAGCAGCAACGAGAAGGACCAGAGGGUUGCAACCUGUUCAUCUACCACCUCCCUCAGGAGUUUGGGGAUGGAGAGCUGAUGCAGAUGUUCCUGCCUUUCGGUAAUGUCAUCUCCUCCAAAGUGUUUGUGGAUCGGGCGACAAACCAAAGUAAAUGCUUUGGAUUUGUGAGCUUCGACAACCCAGGAAGUGCCCAAGCUGCCAUCCAAUCAAUGAACGGCUUCCAGAUCGGCAUGAAAAGACUCAAGGUGCAGCUGAAGAGGCCGAAGGACGCCAACCGUCCCUACUAGCCCCCCCGCCCCAGCCAGCCGCCGCCACCCUGGCGGCCGGGGCAGCCGUUGCACACAGGGAAGACAGGUUUUGUUGAGCUGAAUCAUAUGUUGACUUCUUGCUACCCGCCACUGAGUGCAAACUCAACAUCUGGACCACUGAGGCUGCUUCAGAAACAGAGGAGAGAGAGAGAGAGAGAGAGAGCGAUGACCGAGUCAAGGACACCUCCUUUUUGGAUGUACUAAAACUUUGGAACUCAGAGAGAAUUUGUACCAGCCUGGUUAGCCCCAGGACCCCUUUUUUUUUUUCCUUCUGCACACAUAUACACACCUCUUUCCCCACAAAACCCUGCUUGAAUGACAGCUACCGUUUCUGGACCACAAAUACUUUUACUUGAACAAUGAAGGGAGAAAAAAAGUAAAAGAAACUCUAUCAAACCUACUUACAAUGACCAAGCCCACUGAACUCUUAAAGGAAACACGGAUGUCAAAAGUCCAAACAAGAACAAAAACUUUUUAAAAACUGAACAGAAGAUUGCCGUAGGAGAUCUUUCUGGGAGAUGGUUUGAGUUUGGGGCAAUUGACUUUUGAAGACCAAUUUAUAAGACUUGAAAAACAAGAAGGGACAAAGAAAUUCUCGGAGAGAGAGAGAACAAAAGUAGGGAAUGUGAUAUUUUCAGGACACAAAUUGGCUUCGAUUUGGGGAUUGCCAUCUUUAGCUCGGAGUGCCUGUCCGUUUCCAGGGGAUACCGUUGCCAAGGAGAGCCAUAGCAACGGUCUCCGGGGAGUCUUACCUGUCAUUCCUUAGUUGUUUUAGGGACCAAAAGACCAAACGUUUUUAUUGCUGAGGACUUGUAGCUCUAAUAUACUCGGACCACUGCAUCUCUUUCAGUCAGUGUUAACUGGUUGAAGAGUUGCACUUAAAAAAAAAGUGUACAUUUCAAAUAUAUACAACACAUGUAUAUAUACAUAUAUAUUGCUGAUAUGCUUUUUGAAUACAGGCAAAACUAUUUCAGAUGACCAAAUGGGGUCUCUCACUUCGCUAGUUUACAAUUACUCAAAAUGUUUAUUUUUUUCUCUUCUCAUUUUGUCUUGGGAGGGAUGGCGAGUGCAUGGGAGGGGCUGCUCCGUAUCACAGCCUUAUCUUUUUUAACUUGACAUCCUAACCUCAUAGAUAGAAUAACAUCAGAAACGUUUGAAAUAUAUGAACUUGUUUAUAUUUGCAGUACAUAUAUGUAUAACAAGCAUUCAAGCAAGUGUAUUCAUAUAUACAGUAUAUAUGGAUAAAUAGGUAUUAAUCACAAACAAAUAUAUGUAUUUAUAUGCACAUAUUUUAUAUAUGUGUGUCUGUAUAUAGAACGGCCACUGACUAUGUUGAGCUGUAAUUUUUUGUAGAUUUUAGCUGGAGUUUGAAACAUCGCUCUGCUUGGGAAGAAUUGCAAAUCUGGCAGCUCCCAAAACUGCAGGCAUUCCUAUCUCUGAUUACCUAUAUGCUGACACACAAUAUAUUGCUAAAAGAUACAUGUGUGAGAAUACACAUAUGGUGUAAAUAUUAUCUGAAAAUGCAAAAAGCCACAUCUCAGUAGCAGGCUUUAAGAGAAUCAGGCUUAAUGAUUUUUAGAGGAAAAGGACAAUUAUCUUCGACUCUAUUCCAAACAUAUCUUUUGAGCUUACACACACACGCACACACACACACACACACACACAAACUUCUCUUUGAAAACUUGAACCAAAAUGAAUAUGUCUCACAACCCUUGCUCUCUUUUGCAUUCAGUAAAGUGCAUGUAGCGUAUGGGCUGUCACCAUGUCAAGGUGUGCCUUGUCACCUGCAGAAUCUGCCAUCAAGCACUGUGCUCUCAGAAAACUAAGAAGAAAAAAAAAAACCGAAACACACACCACUGCAAGCAGCAAACGCGCUAUUAUGAUGUCAAAACUACAGCCAGAUCCAUGUCAUUUGUCAGCCGCGUAGAGAGCUUCAGUGUAUGUCCAAUAUAACAAACCAUCAGACAACUGCUGGUCCAUCAAUGUCUUUGAAAAAAAAUUAAAAAAAUGCAUUUAGAACUAAUGUAGACCCAUGCGAUCACACUUGAGAUAAAAGCGGGCAUUAGGUAACCUGUUAGCACAGGUACUAACUACCAGAGCUGUGUGCAGGGCACCUGUGACCAUGUUCCACUGGUUGGAGUCAGAACUGGGGUAAAGUUCAGGGUUUCAACUGGCAUCACUUGGCUCGAUAUGAGAAGUGACUUUAACAUUAGGUUUUAAUGGUUAUGAAGGGGAUGUAAUAUUGAUGAAUAUGUUAUAAUUAGAGAGCUGGCUUCCCAUUGAAGAGAAUAAGGGAUGUACUUUCCCAUUCGGCAGUUAAUCUGUGGAUCUCUGCUGGUAAUACUUAACAUGAAGCAUAUCCUUUAGAAGAUGUUAUAUUGCCUUAUGUUAGGUUACUGUUAAAAACAUAAUGAAACUGUGGAACGAAGCAAUAAGAGUGGAAAGCCAUUUACGCAUUACAACUGCUGUAUCACCGAGGCUGGUUUCAUAUUGCUUUAACAUACAGUUUCUCAGUCUACAAAAAUGGUAUUAACACCGACUAUAUACCUGCAAAAGGUCAACAGACUUGGAUUUAUUGGAUCCUGCAUUCAACACAUAUUCAGCUGGUGGAGAUUACUCAAUGAAUAUUUAUAUAUAUGAAUAUUUAUAAGGCUAUAUGACACUUUGGAAGACAAUGCUUCCUGUUGGGUGCUGUUACUAGUUUUUCCUAUAAACUGCUCAUUAUUUCCCUAGUGUCUGUGUCUAACCUUUUUAGCGCAUUGAAUAAUUUAACAUUUACCUUCCAAAUCCAGUGAGGUUAUAAGACGCCACUACACAUCCCAGGAUGUCGCUGUUGCUCUGUAUGUGCCACAUAACAAUGCCCUGACUGUGGCGCACAGUGCAAACCAGAUGACCGUCAUGAUCGUUUUUGCUCUGACAGUAUCCGCGGUUGGUUUGUACAAAACGUCUUGUACAUCCACCUGAGCUGCCUUUGAGAUAACAAUAACAUCCGAAGCUAAAUGUCACAAGUCUGGUGUCCCUGAUCGCCACACUGUGUGCCCUUUGACUGCCCCUCGCUGCUCUGAGAAAAUUGAAAAAAAAGGGUCGACACGGUCUGUGCUUUUCUAAUGGUUUGUUUGAGCGAUCACUCAUGUCUUUCACCGAGCACCGUGUUUUCAUGUCGAGUCAAAUGAGGGAGGGAGGGGAAGCAGAACGACCACGGGAACUAGAACGCCAAGCACCUCUUCUUCAUUUGCUCCAACUUUAAGCUGCAAGUUUACAUGAGAAAAGUUAAACAAAGUAUCGUGGUUCAAAAACAACAAGAAACAGAGCAGAAGUUUGAAUAUAAAUAUAUAUAUAUAAAUAUAUACAUAAACCGAUGAAUAUACUGUAAAUUGUUUCCUUUUUUUGCUCUGUUUUCCUCUGUACAUAGGUUUGCAUAUUUUAUAGGACUUUUACUUCUAUCUACAAGGACUGGAUAAAGUACUUUAAAUACUUAAAAAAAUAUAUAUGAAUGAAAACAUGAUAAUGCUCAUUAAAACCAGGUACAAAAAAAAAUAGUCGCUAGGAUACGGUACAAACUGUAGGACCUGACCAAGGCAUUUAUCCAGAAUACAGUCAGGGAGAGCAUUGACCUCAGCUAGAGUUUAGACACACAUUGACCUAUUUUAUAGAAGAAAAAAAUACUUUGUUCUAUUCAUUUAUCUAUUUGUUUAGAUAUUUAUUUAUAAGUCAUAUCCGAGAUAAUAUGCAUGCUUUCAUGGCAUUAUUUUUCUAUGAGUUGGUACGUGACCAAAUAGUUUUUAUAUGACAUGCAUGGGCCACUGUUGUGGUCCACAGAUGAUCAUCGUUCCUGUCUGCAGGACCACGCCUUCAACACUUCUUUGAUGACGGAGAAACAAAACGCUCCUAUUGACCAAGUGAUGUCAAAGACAGAUUUUUCAUCAUUUAUUUAUGUCUUUAUUUAUUUAUUUAUUUUUAUGUAUUUAUUUAUUCGUGCCGUUUGAUUCAAGAUUCGAGCUCUCUUAUUGCAACCGAUCUGUGUGCUUGUUAGUGCUACUUUGUAUCACUGCAUCACAUAUUAACACAGAAGUAUUGGCAAAAUGAACUUCAAAGACUGAUUUUUACGAUUGCUUGCUGCUGAUAAACUAUUCAAAACAACGCAGUACAAUACUAAAGCCUUAUGUAUAUUUGUAAUUAUAAAUUCAUAUUGUUCUGUUCCAAAAAUGUAGCUUUACUAAAAGAUUGUCAACAAAAAAAAAGAUGCCAAUUGGAGGAUUCCGAUCAUUUUGAGUAUCAUUCGAUUCCAUCCUGAAACCUUUAAACCAAGUGAUAAAAGCGGACAAUUCCUACUUAAACACUCCCUCAUAAACCAACUGUUCAAUCAGAUAUGUAACACACAAGAAGAAAUGCCUUGAGGUCACUUUAAAGUGCUGCUAAUGUGUAAGGAGCCAAUGUCUGACCAAUUACUAAUCACCGAUUGACUGCCUGCAUAAAGCAUCAGUUUUGAUUCUUAAAACUUCAUUCCCCUUUUCCCCAUCUUGCUUUGUAUUGUUUGACAGAGCUCUGAUCUUGUUCAACUGAUGUGUUCUACCGAGAGCACAAUUCAAUGAAAACUGCACUAUCUCAUCGAAAGAAAUUGAGUUACUAUCAUUCUUCUUAAUGCCGUUAGCAGUGGUUUUAUUUCUAGAGCCAAGUGUUGCUAGAAUCACAUUUUCCUUCAUAUGGUUUUCAAAGUAUUCUGGAAAUCUAUUUCCCAAUUUCAGCACAUACGGAGGGUGGGGAAAUGAAUGUUGCAUAUUAAGCUUUGCCGGGUUUCCUGAUGAGCUAAGCUUCCAAUUGGGCAGUGCGCUUUAGGCUCCCGCCCCUGUCUCUCCAGACAAUUCUCUGGUCCCUUGAACUCUUUUUUUGUAAUUUUAAAUGAAUGAUGCGUCUCAGCUUAGCCCAAUAAUAAAGCACAGUCUAGAAUAAA